UUGGCUGAUGGCUCGGGGGCGUGGCCUCCGGAGCCCGGUUCCGCGCGCCAGAGCCCGCUCGCCGCAUUGCGAGCUGGGCCAGGAGCGAGCGCCAUGGUGCUGCUGCACGUGCUGUUCGAGCACGCGGUCGGCUACGCACUGCUGGCGCUGAAGGAGGUGGAAGAGAUCAGCCUGCUGCUGCCGCAGGUGGAGGAGUGCGUGCUGAACUUGGGCAAGUUCCACAACAUAGUUCGUCUCGUGGCCUUUUCUCCCUUUUCCUCGUCUCAGGUUGCCUUGGAAAAUGCCAACGCUGUGUCUGAAGGUGUUGUCCAUGAGGAUCUCCGCCUGUUCCUGGAGACUCACCUGCCAUCUAAAAAGAAGAAAGUACUCUUGGGGGUUGGGGACCCCAAGAUAGGUGCUGCUAUACAAGAGGAGUUGGGGUACAACUGCCAGACUGGAGGUGUGAUAGCUGAGGUCCUUCGAGGAGUUCGACUGCACUUCCACAACCUGGUGAAAGGUCUCACUGAUCUGUCUGCCUGUAAAGCCCAACUGGGGCUGGGACACAGCUAUUCUCGUGCCAAAGUUAAGUUCAAUGUGAACCGGGUGGACAAUAUGAUUAUCCAGUCCAUUAGCCUCCUGGACCAGCUGGAUAAGGACAUCAAUACCUUCUCGAUGCGUGUCAGGGAAUGGUAUGGGUAUCACUUUCCCGAGCUCGUGAAGAUCAUUAAUGAUAACGCUACAUACUGCCGCCUUGCUCAGUUCAUUGGAAACCGAAGGGAGCUGAACGAAGAAAAGUUGGAGAAGCUGGAGGAGCUGACAAUGGAUGGGGCCAAGGCUAAGGCUAUUCUGGAUGCCUCUCGGUCCUCCAUGGGCAUGGACAUAUCUGCCAUUGACUUGAUAAACAUCGAGAGCUUCUCCAGUCGUGUGGUGUCUUUGUCAGAGUACCGCCAAAGCCUACACACUUACCUGCGGUCCAAGAUGAGCCAAGUAGCCCCCAGCCUGUCAGCCCUAAUUGGGGAAGCGGUAGGUGCACGUCUCAUUGCUCAUGCUGGCAGUCUCACCAAUCUGGCCAAGUAUCCAGCGUCCACAGUGCAGAUCCUUGGGGCCGAAAAGGCCCUGUUCAGAGCCCUGAAGACUAGGGGUAACACCCCAAAAUAUGGACUCAUAUUCCAUUCUACCUUCAUUGGCCGAGCAGCUGCCAAGAACAAAGGCCGCAUCUCCCGAUACCUGGCAAACAAAUGCAGUAUUGCCUCACGAAUUGAUUGCUUCUCUGAGGUGCCCACCAGUGUAUUUGGAGAGAAGCUUCGAGAACAAGUUGAGGAGCGGCUGUCCUUCUAUGAGACUGGAGAGAUUCCACGAAAGAAUCUGGAGGUCAUGAAGGAGGCAAUGGUUCAGGCAGAGGAAGCUGCUGCAGAGAUUACUAGGAAGCUGGAAAAACAGGAGAAGAAACGCUUGAAGAAGGAAAAGAAGCGGUUGGCUGCAGUUGCCCUGGCAUCUUCAGAAAACAGCAGUAGUACUCCGGAGGAGUGUGAGGAGACAGGUGCUGAGAGAACUGCUCAAGAGCCCAGGCAGCUGGUUGUAGCAACACCCGUUCCCUGGGCGAGUGUGUUCUGUCCUCGGCUGCCUCCCAGGAGUCCCCAGCAGAAGUAUAAAUUCCUGCCCUGCAGGUUCCCAGACUUGUCUGGAGAUGGUAGCAUUUCCUAGCGGGGACGGGGGCUGGGAGGUCCCCAGUGGACUAGGUUGGAACCAUUCUCCUGGGAUUGUUAACAGUGCCAUUUGCCAGCAUUUCUUGUGGUCGCCUCUGGAACUUGGCAUCAUGAUUCUAUUUCGACCAGCCUGGUGAGGUUUCCUAUAAAUUUCCUUGAUGGGCUUAGAUUAAUUUAUUCUGUGUUCUCCCCAUUUCUAAGUGGGAGGUGAGGUGGGUGGGGGAAACUUCGAUGUGGAUUUCCAGUGUUGUCGCCAUACAUACAUUAAAAAUCAUCUCAGAAACUGGGAUAUUUUAUUUAACACCAUUUUCACCAGCCUUUCCACCCUGACUACUUAACAGCUGGAAUUCUGACGGGGUAUAUUCCUUAUGUUCAUACACUGGUUCAUGCCUGUUUCCCC